AUGUUUCAGGACUCAGUGGCCUUUGAGGAUGUGGCUGUGACCUUCACCCUGGAGGAGUGGGCUCUGCUGGAUCCUUCACAGAAGAAACUCUACAGAGAUGUGAUGCGAGAAACCUUCGGGAACCUGGCCUCAGUAGGAAAGAAAUGGGAAAAUCAUGACAUUGAAGAUCAGUACAAAAACCAGGGGAGAAAAAGAAGUCAUAUGGUAGAGAGAAUCUGUGAAAGGAAAGAGGGAAGUAAAUGUGGAGAAAACUUCAGCCUUAUUCCAAAUCUCAGUCUGAACAAGAAAACUCCUUCUGGAGUAAAACCAUGGGAAUACAGUGUGUGUGGAAAAUUCUUCAUGCAGCAGUCAUCUCUUAAUGGGCACAUCAGAUACAAGCCUUCUGUAUAUCUGACAUAUGGAGAGAAGCCAUAUAAAUGUAAGAUAUGUAGGAAAGCCUUCAUUUAUUCAACUUUACUUCAAAUACAUGAAAGAACUCACACUGGACAGAAACCCUAUAAUUGUAAACAAUGUGGAAAAGCCUGUAGAUGGCCUUCAAGUACACAUGGUCAAAGAUUUCAGAGACAUGAAAGGACUCAUAAAGGAGAGAAACCCUAUGAAUGUAAAGUAUGUGGAAAAGCUGCACAUCAUAUAAGUCUUCAGUCACUUGAAAGGACUCACACAGGAGUGAAACCCUAUAAGUGUAAAAAAUGUGGUAAAGCCUUUAGAUAUCAUAAAACCUUUAAAACACAUGAAAGGACUGACACAGGAGAGAAGCCCUUUGGAUGCAAAAAAUGUAAUAAAGACUUCAGUUCUCUCCAUUCUCUUCAAAGACAGGAAAGAAGUCACACUGGGGAAAAACCCUACACUUGUAAGGAAUGUGGGAAAGCCUUUAGUGCUCUCUCAACUCUUCAAGUACACAUGGUCACUCACACUGGGGAAGGACCUUAUAAAUGUAAGGCAUGUGAGAAAGCAUUCAUUUCUCCCAGUUCAUUUUGGAUACAUGAAAGGACACACACUGGAGAGAAACCCUAUGAAUGUAAAGAAUGUGGUAAAGCUUUCAGAGUUUACAUUUCCCUCCAAAAACAUGAAAGAAGUCACACUGGAGAGAAACCCUUUGUAUGUAAAGAAUGUGGAAAGGCCUUGAGUUCUUCAAAUUCUCUUCAAAUACAUGAAACCAUCCACACUGGAGAGAAAACCUAUCAAUGUAAACAAUGUACAAAAGCUUUCAGAUAUUAUCAAAGUUUGAAAGCACAUGAAAGGAGUCACAGAGGAGAGAAACCCUAUAUAUGUAAAGAAUGUGGAAAAGCCUUCACAUGUUAUCAAGGUCUUCAGUUGCAUGAAAGGACUCACACAGGAGUGAAACCCUAUGAAUGUAAACAAUGUGGUAAAGCUUUCAGUUCUCAUCUUUGUUUCCGAAUACAUGAAAGAAAUCACACUGGAGAGAAACCCUAUGAAUGUCAAAAAUGUAGUAAAGCAUUCAGUUCACCCAGUCAUCUUCGAAAACAUGAAAGAACUCAUACUCAAGAGAAGCCUUAUGAAUGUAAGGAGUGUGGAAAAGCCUUCAGAGUUCACAGUUCCUUACAAACACACAAAAGAACGCACACGGGAGAGAAACCCUAUGCAUGUAAGCAAUGUGGGAAAGCAUUCAGGUGUUCCACUUCUCUUCGAACACAUGAUAGAACUCACACUGGAGAGAAACCCUAUGAAUGUAAGGAACAUACUAAAGCAUUUAUUUGUCGCAGUUAUCUCCGAAGGCACGAAAUAACUCACACUGGAAGGAAACCCUAUGAAUGUAAAACAUGUAGGAAAGCAUUUGGAUGUCCCAGUGAUCUUUGAAUACAUGAAAGAACUCAUAUUGGAGAGAAGCCCUAUGAAUGUAGACACUGUGGUAAUGCCUUCUUUUUCACACAACCAUUCGAAGACAUGAGAAUGUACACUGUAGAGACAUCAUAUGAGUGUUCAUGA